AUGGACGACGACGGCGGAAUGUCGCUCUUCGAGGGGAUGGACUUCGUCGAUCCCUCCACGCUCCUCUCCCCACCCCGCGCCGUCGAUGCCGCGAGCACCCCGUCAUUUGAAUCGCCUGACUCCUCCCGCGCUGCUCCUCUUGCCGACGCGCCGCACCAAGAGCUUCCCUCAGCAGGCGAUCUCUCCAAUCAGGGCUCUUCCUUUCAAGUCCCGAUACAAGCCUCCUCAUCCGCUUCGUUACAGGCGUCUGUUGUUCCGGAAGGCACAGACGAAGCGAGAAAGUCUGCACCGCUGGACGCUUCGCUGUUCACUUCGGAACCCGCCGCCACACUAGCAGACACGUCACCAGCCACGUCAGCAGCCUCUGCAGCAGCCAUUGCGGGAUCGGCGGCGGGUAGCCCGGCGCCGCUGUCUCCCGCGGCCGCCCUGGCAGCCCUCUCGCCUUCCGUUGCCGUCCUCUCGCCGUCCCUGCUUCCUGUAACGGCACCGGCCGGCAGCGGCGGCUCGCCCAUUACCGGCUCUCCUAGCGCCAGCGUGGUAGGCUCGGCGGCCUCCUCAGGUGGCGUUUUAGCCAGUGCCACCUCCAAACCUGUCGGUCUGGUUCGGAAGAAGAAGCGGAGCAUCAGGAUCGGGUACGAGCGGGACUCUGCGGAGGAGGCAGCAGGUUCGGCGGGGGCAGUGGCGGCGAGAUCUGCGGACGCGAGUGGCAGCAGUGGCGCAGCGGGGUUGGCAAGUUCGCGGAGCAGCCUAUCAGAGACGGAGAUUGUUGCAGGCGACGGCGGAGACGGAGGGGCUGGGGGGACGGGCAGGGGGAGUCUUGCAGAAGAGCUAGCGGAGGAGGGGCGCGGUGGAGUGUUGGAGCAAGGGCUGUCGGGUAAUGAAGUGACGAGUGGCCAUGGCGGUGAUGGGCGUGCCACAGCUGGUGUGGAUGGCGAGGCAGAGGGGGGUUUGACCGAUACCAGUGGCACUGGUGCUGGUGCUGACGACAGCAACGUGGGCAGUGACGUCAUGACAGAUGAGACGAAGAGGGGUGUGAUGGACGCGCCCUCAGCAGCCAAUGGGAUUGCAGAAAAUAUCGAGGUGGAGGAGAAUAAGGGCGCUGUAGAGGAAGCAGCAGAAACUGCUGACGUGGCAGGAAGUGCAGAAGCGGGGAUGCAGGAGGGAGAGCAUGAAACUGCUGACCUGUCGCCUCCUCCAGCCAUGUCAGCUGACCCUGCUGAUGCAGCAAUGUCAGGCCCAGACGAGGCAGGAAGGGAGGGAACGGAGGCGACAGGGACAGACAGGGAGGAUGGGGCAGAAGCGACGGAAGAAAAAACAGAAGUGGCCGCAGGAGCGAUGGUUACAGGAAGGGAUGACACAGGGGGUGCGGAGGGUGGUGAGGGAGAAGACGAUGGGGAGGCAGAAGCUGGUCUUGGGGGAGAAUUAGAACAACAAGUGAAGCGCCUCCUUGCUGACGUGGCAGCUAAUCUGGCCGCCGUGCAGGCCAAGAUCCGUGACGCCACAUCAGCACGAAAACGGGCGGUCCAGAUGCGCCGGCAGGCAGCCCAGCGGGCGGCAGCCGCAGCGAAGCGAUUGGAGGAGUUUGAAUCUGAGCUGGCAGCGGCGUGCGAGGCGGAGGAGUUUGAGCUAGCAGACGAGCUGAGCCAGCGGGCGGAGCGGGCGGCGGGCGAGGUGAAGGACUGGGGCGGCGAGGUGGCGCAGGCGGAGGAGCAGGUGGGGCGGUGCAGCAGUGACGUGCUGCGACUGACAAGUGAGGAGGCGGAGAUUGAGGUCGGGGCUGCCGAGGCCCUCCGACGCAUUCACAGGCAAGCGGCAGCAGCAGCAGCAGAAGCCAAGCAGGCAGCACAACAGCAGGGGGAGGAGGAGGAGGGGCGGGUGGCAGCAGAGGAGGCUGACGUGGACAUCAAGAAGCGCAAGCUGGCGGUUGAGCGGCGCGUGCUGGACGAGGAACGCGCUGAGCUGGCAGCCAAGGUGGACGCUGCCACGUCAGCGGAGCGCCAGGAGCGUGAAGAGCUGGAGAAGGGGCGUGCUGAGCUGGAAGCUGAGCUGGCAGCGUUGAUGGAGCAAGUGUGUGCAAAGGAGCGGGAGAUAGAGCAGCAGAGGGUGCUUAUAGCGAAGGUGGAUGGGAAGAUCUCAGCCGUUGCCGGCAGGUUUGAGAAAGCGAGGGGAGGACUGGAGGAGGAGGAGAGGGAGGUGGUUCAGAUGGAGGAGGAAGUGAGGGAGAUGGAGAAGAGGGUGGAGGAGGGGAGGCGGAGGGUGGUGGAGGUGGUGGAGGAGGGGAGGAGGGUGGCGGAGGGGUUGGAGAAGGUGGGGAGCAGGGCGGAGGAGGAGGCUGAGAGGCUAGAGCAGGCGGUGGAGGGGAGGAGGAGGGAGGCGGAGGAGGUGAGGGCGGUGGCGCAGCGCAGGGAGGAGCUGGCGGCCGCGGAGAAAGACGCCCAGGCGGACCUGGAGGCGCUUGGGGAGGCCAUGGGCGAGGUGAAGACGAGGCUGCAGGAGCUGAGUGGCGCGCGGCAGAAGGCGCAGGAGGAGCUGGCGGCGGUGCACCAGCGCCUGGCAGCCGCCGCCCGCCGCAUCCCCGAGCUGGACGCGCAGAAGAAGGCGGCGGCCGCCGCCCGGAACUUCAAGGAGGCCGCCCGGCUGGCAGCCGAAGCAAAGCUGUUCUCCAACGACCGGGAGGCGGCAGAGAGGCAGGUGAAGGAGUGUGAGGAGGAGAUUGCACGCGUGGAGCGGGAGGAGGUGGGGAAGCAGGAGGAGGUGCGCGCGAUGGAGGAGAUGGUGAGGGAGAGAGAGAGGGAGGUGGGCGUGGCGCGGUGUGCGAGGUUGAGACUGGUGGCGGCGGUGGCACGGCGGGAGAUGGAGGCGGCGGCGGAGGGGGAGGACUGGGAGGAGGCGGAGGGGCUGCAAGGGGAGGCACAGGCGGCUGAUGGGGAGGCGGAUGCUCUGCAGCUGCAGUGGGGGCUGCAGGGGGAAGAGUAUGAGCGGAGGGAGUGA